AUGGGAAGAUCUCCUUGUUGUGACGAGAGUGGCCUCAAGAAAGGCCCUUGGACCCCAGAAGAAGAUCAGAAACUUGUCAAGUAUAUACAAAAACACGGCCAUGGAAGCUGGAGAGCCCUCCCUAGACUUGCUGGGCUCAAUAGAUGUGGCAAAAGUUGCAGACUAAGGUGGACAAACUACUUGCGGCCGGAUAUCAAAAGAGGGAAAUUCUCCCAAGAAGAAGAGGAAACGAUUCUGAACCUCCAUUCCAUCCUUGGAAACAAAUGGUCAGCAAUUGCGGGCCACCUACCCGGCCGGACGGACAACGAGAUAAAGAAUUUCUGGAACACCCAUCUGAAGAAAAAGCUAAUCCAAAUGGGGAUUGAUCCAAUGACUCACCGUCCGAGAACGGACAUCUUCUCAAGCUUGCCUCAUCUCAUAGCCUUGGCCAAUCUCAAAGAGCUCAUGACCAUGGACCAUCCUUGGGAAGAGCUACAAGCCAUGAGAUCUCUCCAAGCUGACCAAGCUCUUCAAAUGGCUAAACUCCAAUACUUGCAAUAUCUCCUCCAACCUCCAAACCCCCAAAACAACAACAACCAAAUGAUCAACAUGCCGGACCAGUCCCUCAACAGUCUCCAAUCUGUCCAAUAUGAUUCCGUUCCUUUCGAUAAUUUGCCGGACUUGUUGCAAAUCUCGGACCAGACAACACCACUACAGCUCAUGAACAAACAACAAGUGGUUGAUCAUAUUAUUCAGGCACAAGAUAAUUUCACAGUAGGGUUCAGCCAAGCUGGGGAUAUUGAUAAUGAUGACCACAUCAUGAUGAAUAUCUUUCCAAGUUCCUCAUCAUGGGUUAACCCUAAUUCUUCAGCGAGUUCGACUCCUUCACCUCCUACGGCGGCGGCGGCGGCAGUGGAGGCCACGUCCUUGAGCAAUCUGCAGGGCGGUGAUGCUUGCAGUGCGAAUUCGAGCUACGGAGAAGUGGCUGCCCCUUCUGUUUGGCCUGACCUUCUCCUUGAUGACACUUUGUUUCAGGAGGUUGCUUAAUUUUAUAUCCUUUAUUUUCUUUGUUAAU